GUAAUAAUCGUGUCGAUGUACUUGAUUGGGGUGUGUGAAGAACUGCACAACGAGGAGGAUUAACUUGUUGAUUAUCGUGGAGAGAGAGAGAGGAUAAAAGGGUCUAAUGGCCGCUUACCUUGUAAUCUGAUAUUCCCCCCCGAUGUAUCUCUUUCUUGUCGGGCCACCGUGUAGUUUUUCGCACAACGUCCGUGUCCAUGUGAAUUGUUGAUGUGUAAAAUGCCAUGCAUCUUGCCUCGUUUAUUAAAUGCUGGAUAUAUUUCCAUUAGGUUGAUUUAUACUGUAUCCGCGAUGCUCACCACGUACGAUGUUCGGCUGUGUAACGUGAAGAAUAAUAUGUAAACGACGUUUCUCGAAGAUCUAGAGCGAUGAAGAUAUGCGUUGGUCAAGUUAGACGCUUAAAGGAUUUUAUUACUAUUGACAGUGAAGAUAUAUUGAAAACUGGUUUUCAUAAAGCAUUAGCACCAACGUAUGUAUUAGUAGUUAAUCAAACAGAAUGGGAAAAAAGACAAAAGACAGGAAAAAUGCACGGGCAAAAAGUAAUGACAAGUUAGAAGCGUUGAAAGACCUUCCUAAGUGUAUGGUUGUGUUGCAUAACAUUGCUGUAGAUAAAGAUCUAGUUCAACGUUACCAAUUGCGUUUCUCUGAAAAGAAAAAAGAAGAGUUAGAACAUUCGUCACCAUGUAUUAAUACACCUAAAAAUUCUAAUUGGAUGUUAAAGGAUAAUGUGCGGGAAGAUAAUACAGCGGAUGAAACUACUCGUAUAACAAGAAGUUUGAAAAAAUUAAUUGAAAAGAAAAACGAAGAAUGUACAAAUCUUAAACUUUUAAACGACGUGUCGUACAAUCGGUGUCCUAAAGUAAUUCAGCUGGGAUUUGUAGCACAAAAGCUGAAAUUAAAACGUGAUACUAGUAUUAAGUCACUUUCGAGUAAAAGUAAUGACCAAACAUCUAGCAUAUCUUCGAACACGUAUUGCAGUCUCACACAAAAGAAGAUUGUGCCAGUAAAUAAUAAAAGCCGUCGUAAUAAGAAAAAAUCAACAAAAGGGAAGAAAGUCAGAUCUGAAAGAAAAUACGUCGAUAAAUCAGUAGGUACUAGUUUGGAAUCGGUUAACUUCGACUCUGAUGGUGAUACUUAUUUGGAUGCAAAAACUUUAACUGUUACUGAUUAUAAUAGCAAGAUGCAAGAGAUAUCCAAUGAAGCUCAUCCGGUGGAAGCUCCACAGAAGUCGAAUACAGAAUGUAACUCCAUCAAAAAGCAUAAUAAUGAUACCUUAUAUAAAGCUGCUAUUGCUGGUGGAGCAGUUUGCAAAGUAAAACUGGAACACUUUCCUUUGAACAUUGGAAAGAAUAAAAGCGUUAAAGAUGUAUUCCCAAAUACAAAUAAUACGGAAGACGUAGAAAAUAAAUUUUCUGGAACAUCUGAAGACGUUAAGACAAAUUUUAAAUCUAAAAACGCGAAUCUUUCUGACAAUGUUUUGACCACAUAUAAUAGCAUAAAUGGAAGCCAAGAUAAAAAAGAAAUCUAUGCGAGAACAAAAUCGAGCGAUACAUCUCUGACUACAGAUAGUACUAUGCAGGUAACAGGUGUUUCAGAAGCAUUCGUUUCUAAGCCCAUCUGUUCAACAGCGCCCGAGACUAAUGGUACUACGGUACUGUCUGAGUUUCUUACAACAUAUGAUAAAAAACAAUGUGCAAAUAAGACAAAUAAUAACAAAAAGAAACUACCAAAAAUAACUGGAAAUCAUAUUUUACCAAAAGGUACUGUAAAAAUUAUGAAAGUAAACAUGAGUGAUAAGAGCUUACAGAAUAGUUUUUCUAAACAAGUUUUUCUAGAACAAGAUAGAUAUAAUACUAAUAGCAAUUUGAAGCAAGUUUCUUGCGUUGAUAAUGAUAACACACUUGGAUCCACAAACAUUCUCAGAGAAAAAGAACAUUAUACAUCUGAAAUAAAUAGAUCAAUGGAUAUGUUAGACAUGUCAGAGUCUACGUCAGCUCUUAAUAGCAUUAAUUUAAGAAAUGAAAAUAUAGAUAAUAAGAAACUACACGGUACAAAAAUAGAUCGUAAAAAUGAUUCUUUGAUAGAAUUAAGAAAUAAUCAUAAUAAUGUAAAUGCUAAUGAUACUGAUAGGAAAACAAUCCUUAUGAAUAUUAUGAGAACUUAUGAAGAUUAUGCUUUGAAUCACCAAGAACAAUCAAAUAAAUCAGAUGAUGAACAUGAAAGUAAUACAUUACAAGGUGAUAAAAAAUGUAACAAAAAUUCUGAUAAAAGCAUUUUAAACAAGAACACUUCAAAUCUUAUGGAUGUAGAUGUAAGCUCUAAGGUCAACGGAUCAUUAAUACUUGUCAACAAAGAGAAACUUAUAAGACAAAAUCGAAAGCGUACAGCAGAAGAUACUAUACAUAUGAACUUAAUCUCAAAAAGGAGAUUAAAUAGAACGACUUGGCAGCAGAAUAAUGCAGCAAGUGCUAAAUCAUUAAGUCAAGAAUUUAAUGACUUUUCAAAUAGCGAUACAACGGUAACAUUAGAAUCAAAUAUAGUCGAAGAAAAUAAUUCCAAAGAGCAAAAAACAGAGCAAGACUUACGUGAACGUUUGAAUAAAAAAAGAUCAAAACCAUCUCCCAAACUAUCGACAUCUGAAGAUAAGUUAAAUAAUAAAAAUAAUGUAGAGUCUAAGCAAAUAGAUUUAAAUAAUGAAAAUGAUAUAAGUGCUUCAACAAGUACAAUGAAAAACAAGAAAUUUUGCAGAAGACUCUUUUUCGAUGAAGAACCAGUUUCUAGUAAAACUUUGGAUAAAGAGAAAGAUAUUCAAACGGAUCUAGUUUGCAGCAAUCACAUGGAUUGUCCUAGCUCACCGAAAGAAACGCAACAUAUAAAUCAAAUAGAUAAAAGUAUUUAUGAAGAUACUAAUAUACGAAAGAAAUAUACAACUGGCGGAAAUAAAGAUAAAGAUGAUGAUGAUGAUGAUGAUGAUGAUGAUGACGAUUGCAUUUCUCUGUUUGCAGAAUCAUUUGAUACAAAUCUCUCUGAAAAUGCAAUUUUAAGUGAACAAAGCAAACCAAGGAGAUCUUUAUAUUCUAAUGUACCACAAGUGAUGUCAUUUUUAAAUGAACAAAACAAACCAAGCAAAUCUUUACAUUCUGCUGUACCACGUGUAACGUCUACAUUUUUAAAUGAACAAAACAAACCAAGCAAAUCUUUACAUUCUGAUGUACCACGUGCAACGUCUACAUUUUUAAGUGAACAAAACGAACCAAGCAAAUCUUUACAUUCUGAUGUACCAUAUAUAAUGACUACUAGCAGUUUUAAUAAGUAUAUAAAACAGAACGCAACAGAAUUUAACAAAGAAUAUGAAAAAUUUGAAGAUGAUACAGAAGAAUGGAAUAAAACUGAUGAGACAAAAAGGGAAUUUAACAAUCAAUUGAGACGGACUACAGAUUGUGUACCUGAAAUUAAAACUGUAUCAAAAAUACCACCACUUAUCCAAAAUAUAGAAAUAGUAAAAUCUCAAUGGAUGAGAAAAAAUAUUAAGAACAAAAUUCCUAGCCUUGUCAAUGGAUAUUGUUAUACGCUAUUGAGGAGAGGUAUCUGUAACAACCAAGCAUACUGUAGAUACAUGCAUGACUUGCAGGAACUCGUUAAUGGAAUUUACUCGGAAGAUUCUGGAGCGAUACUAGAUACGAUGAAAGAGACAUUAGAGUCUGGCUAUAGUUUUUUGUGCAGAAUGAUAUAUUCUAAGUCAUUACAGAAAUUAACUAUUGAUCAAAUUUUGACUAUGUACCGAAUGUUUCAUACGGGGGGAUUAUUAACGCAAUAUACAAAGAAUUACAUCACAAAUAAUACUAUUACAGAGUUAUUGAAUAGACAAAUGUCUUUAAAAACAAUCGUGGAUUGUUUGGUGGACUACAUUACGCCGAUUACAAAUUCAAACAAUCUUACAAACAUAUUAACAUGUAUUGAAAAAAACAUCAAACCGAAUGAAUAUUGGAAUACUGUGAGAACUUUAAUUUUGAAAGUGUCACCGGACAUAAUACCACAACAUAUUAUCCAGAAAAUAUUGGUUGAAUGUAUAGUGAAUGAAAAAUUCACUGAUAUUCAAGAUGUUAAUGAUAACUUGAUAAGAAAAGUUUGCUCUACUACGUUACUAUCAACAUUGGACAAAAAUGUGAUAGAACGCUUUAAAAACUUAGUGGCUGGUAAAACUGCAAACAAUUCUCAUCCUCCUGCGGUAGUAGUUCAGAAUUUUAGAGAAAGCUUAUCGGAACCUAUUGCUUCUCAAUCUUCUCAUCCUCCUGCGGUAUUGGUUCAGAAUUUUGGAGAAAGGUUAUCGGAAACUAUUGCUUCUCAAUCUUCUCAUCCUCCUGCGGUAUUGGUUCAGAAUUUUGGAGAAAGGUUAUCGGAAACUAUUGCUUCUCCUGAUGGAAAUGGAUCACAGAUAGAAUCUCCGAAACGCAGUAGUACUUUUAUAGAUAAAAGUACAAAUGAAAAUGAGGACCAUAUAGCCAAAGUGAACGGGGAAAGUUAUACACUGCGACUUAUCGAUGAUUUAUCCGAAGCACGAUCUGCUUAUAGAGAUCAUAAACAUCUUUGGAAAUUUUAUGUGGAUUUAGAGAGAUUUAAGAAGGGACUUCUACAUCAAGAUUAUGAUUAUGUUAUUAAUAUCUUAAAAAAUUAUUCAGAAAUGCAAGAUGAAACUACGUUAUUUGUUCGCUCUUGUUGUAGUAUACUUCGAACAGAGGUAAAACGUUCAGAGUACCACUUAGCAAACAUCAUACGUCGUACAGUCCAAAUGGGUACCUUCAACAUUCUGGGUAAAAUAUUAUUUGAAAUAGGAUUAGACAUUUUGACCAAUUUAGUGGACAAGGAGGCCUGGGGGCUUGCAUUAUGGUUGAUUCAAUCACUUCAUAUGUAUAAUUUACCAUACAAUGCCGAGUAUUUCUUGCUAACAGCUGAAAUUUACUUAGCUAACAAAGAGGUCAUAAAAGCAUAUGAUUUACUUAAAUACCAAAAUAUUAUAUGUACUAGUCGCGAUAAGUGGUAUGUUAAAAGUACCAUUAACGAUGAGCGUGUACGGAACAAAAUAAUGCACAUCUUAUUGGAUUCAUUUUGUAAUGAAUUUAUUGAACAUGCCGUCUUUAUUUUCCAAUUUUUACUUAAAGAUCAAUACAGUCAGUAUUACCCAAUAGAUUUAUCUUGUUACGUGGACAAAUUAAUAAUAUUAUCUUUGUCAAAAAAAGACACGAAUUUAAUCAUAGAGAUGGCUAACUUAAUACUUAAAUAUACUUUUGCAUUAAGUACAACAACGUGUCGUGCGCUAAUCGCAACGUUAACUCACCUGGACGAAGGUCUAGCCAGACAGAUAUAUAAUUACGCAGAAGGCAUAGGUGUCUACCCAACAAUGAAGUUGUGGCCAGUAACAUACAUCAUUAUAAAUAAUGAUUUGACAGAAGAAGAAAUAUAUCUUAUAUUUCUGCAAUUGUUAAAAAAUCUUAUGAUAAAUUUUGGACAUGCGAUUGAGUUUGCUAAACCUCAAAGUAUCAAAGUAUACCUUAUCCUGGAGAUAAAAUAUACUGAGCAGUUGUAUUGCGCGGAAUUGCAGAACUAUUACAAUAAUAAAGCUAUUACGAACUUAAGGACAUUAAUCAGAAACGUUUUGAAAACUCGAUUUGAUCCACCUUUAGUAUUAAUGUCUAGCAGGAAAGGUAGAAUAUAUAAAUUACAAAGCAAAAGUAUCAUAAAUUAUUUAAAAACCGAACAUUGUAAUUAAUAUCAUACUUCUUAUUCUCGAGCAGUAGUGCAUUACGAGAUCAAGUAACACAACAUUAAUACCUACUUAUUAAUAUCAACUAAUAUUAAUUGUUUCAAUGUUAAAAAAGAGAAAGAGAGAAAGUAUCGAAAAAUGAGAUACCCUAUCCUCUUAAAAUCUAACGUCCUCAUACUGACAAAAAAAAUUUAUAAUGUCAAGCGUAUAUAUGUAUAUUUACGCUAUAUACACAUACUAUGAUUAGUUUGACUAAAAGCUCAACAAUGGUUUAAUCAAGCUUUAACAGAAAACUUUAGACCAGACUUCAGACUUUAAUAAAAAUAGUAAUGAAAAUCGUGCGCGCAAAAUGUUUAGAAAAUAUAUUUACGAUUUCCAUAGAUUUUAUUUACAAUUUUUUAUUUCUGUAUUAUGUGACAUGACAUUUAAAAUGUGUUGUAAAGAGAAGCACUAAAGAUUUGUUUAUUAAUUUUUAUUUUUUUUAUAUUACAGACAUUUAUAUUUUUGUGACUUUAUCAAUCGUUUUAUCAUGUAGCAUACAAAUAUGUUAUACCAUCACAAUUGUCAAUUUUAUAUAUAAAUUUUUAUCACACGAUUAUCUAUUUA